UUUGUCUGCUCUUUUUGUUUCCUUUCCUGACUCGACUGAAGCACCAGCCACUGCCAUCUUCUUCUCACCGGUCGCCACCAUCUCUGAAUUACAUUUACAGUAUUAUUAAGCAUUUCAAUCCAGACAAUCUAAAUCUCUCUUCAUCCAUUCCAUGGAGAAAAAACAGGGUUUCUUCUCUUCUUUGAAGGAGGAAGUCGUAAGGGGUUUAUCACCUGCAAGGUCCCGCCGCAGCAAGAAUUCCUCAAGAAGCGUCUCACCCAGAUCGGGUCUUCUACGGCGGAGGAAAGGCAGCGAUCACAAUGUACCACCGCCAGAUAUCUUAAUUUCGAGAUCGGGUUUGAAUUCGUGGCAGCAGACAGCGCCGGAGGUACUUUCCCCGUUGAUGGAAGGACCGGAUCCGGAUGGAACUGACGGUGGUGAUUCUAAAAUGGAGAAGUUAGGAUUUUGGAUGAUGGGUCAGCUCUGUAAAGCUCCUUCUAAUUCAAACUCAUCUUCAUCUUCUUCCUCUUCUGCUUAUAAUCGAUCUGAUCUGAGAUUGUUAUUAAGCGUUCUGGGUGCGCCAUUGGCUCCGGUUCAUGUUAGCAACAACUAUCCUUUGCCUCAUCUUAGUAUCAAAGACACUCCCAUUGAAACAUCUUCUGCUCAUUACAUAUUGCAACAGUAUACAGCUGCUUCUGGUGGGCAAAAGCUACAAGGUUCUGUUCUUAAUGCUUAUGCAAUGGGAAAGAUUAAGAUGGUAGCAUUUGAUAUUGAGACAGCAACAAAGGUUGUAAAGAACAAGAAAUCAUCAUCAUCGUCAUCAUCCUCUAAAGCAGCAGAAUCGGGCGGGUUUGUAUUGUGGCAGAUGAAUCCAGAUAUGUGGUAUGUUGAACUUGCACUUGGUGGAAGCAAGGUUCAUGCAGGCUGUAAUGGGAAGCUGGUAUGGAGACAUACACCUUGGCUUGGUGCUCAUGCAGCCAAAGGACCGGUUAGACCUUUGCGCAGAGCACUUCAGGGCCUGGAUCCUCGGACCACUGCAAGCAUGUUUGCAAAUUCAAGAUGCAUAGGAGAGAAGAACAUUGAUGGCGAAGAUUGCUUUAUCCUAAAGCUCAGUGCAGAUCCACAAACCCUAAAGGCCAGGAGCGAAGGUCCGGCUGAGAUCAUAAGGCAUGUUUUGUUUGGCUAUUUCAGUCAGAAAACCGGGCUUCUCAUCCAUUUGGAAGAUUCCCACUUGACUCGAAUCCAAACCAAUGGUGGAGAUGCUGUUUAUUGGGAAACUACCAUCAACUCAUUCAUCGACGAUUAUAAAUCUGUCGAAGGGAUCAUGAUUGCUCACUCUGGUCGAUCAGUUGUGACCCUUUACAGAUUUGGAGAAACUGCAAUGAGCCAUACGAAAACCAGGAUGGAAGAGGCUUGGACAAUUGAAGAAGUAGCUUUCAAUGUUCCAGGAUUGUCAAUGGAUUGUUUCAUUCCUCCUGCUGAAGUUCGUUUCGGAUCCAUUAGUGAAGCUUGUGAGCUUUCGCAGGGACAAAGGAUUAAAACUUCUAGUUAUCGAGGUAGAGUUGCUCCGGGUUUUGAUAAAUCGCAUGAUAGUAAUGUCAAAGGGGAUGUUUAGAAGAUGGGUAUUUGAGGAAUGGAGCAGGUUUAUUAUAAACUUAACUGACAAAUGUGUAUUAUUUGGUUUAGAUGCUGAUUUAGGCUUAUGUUGAAUUUUGAAGUCGGGUUCAAUUGGCUCCAACUUGUAUAUAGAUCGAUAUCCGGCUUCUUGUAUCAAUUUCAAUGCGACAUUUCUCCGACUAAGGCUGAUUUCGUUAAAUGGGUUAUUAAUUUUCGGUUUUAGAAUGAAUGUUCA